CUCUGGUUCUCAUUCUCACCCUUCGGUGGUUUGAUCAUAGAAGAAAAGGGGCCGCAGUUUUGCCCGAUCCCCCCGGAAGAACGAUAGAGAACAAACUCCCCUCCGCCUCUUCUCUCCCUCGAGGGAGACGAUUCAGCCGCCGAUCUGUGCCUAUGCUUAUCGAUAGUCGAACUGGCGGAGGUAAUUUGGCGAGAAAGAUUGGAUCGUUCUUCUUCUCUAGCUGCUAACCCCGUAUCGUAACCUUUCCCCGGCCAAAAUCCCGAUGGUUUUGCUACUCUUUUUGGAAAAAGUGGUCCAUCUUUGUCCCAUUUGUGAUUCGUGCUUUCCCGCUUCUACACCCUUGUGCGAACCCCUGUAAAAUUCCUUCUUUUCGGUCGCUUUUGUGGAUUUGGAGCGUUUCUUCUCGGCCUCUCAUCGGUUUCGAGGAUUUAGUUGUCGGAAUAGGUGAAUCUGACUCUAGAAGGUUUCCUGAGCAUUUCGGAGAUCGGUCUUUGUGCUUUGAGUUCGGAUCUUUGCGGCUGCAAGAGCUACGGUGUUCCUUCUUGGGGUUUGCUUCCUUAUCAAGGGUAAAAAGGUCGUCUUCUGACCUCUUAUGGUGUUUACUGGGACUACGUGUGGUCACUUUUUGAGACACGGAGGUUGAUCCUCCUCAUGUAUUCGGUUGGAUAUUGUGCUUAUUCUGGUAGACCACUUCAUGAAUUCCUGCAGUUCGCUUCGGUAGUUUAGUUGGCGGGCAACGCUCCAUGAGUGUUAUCUGAACUUGGUUGCUUUCCAGGUCUGUCGCUUGCUUGCUCUUCUCUAGUAUUUCAAGGUUGAUUUGGCUUAGAUACAGAAAAGGAGGAUCUUGGCUGGUGCUUAUUGAGCUACAGAUUGUUUACGGCCAACGUUAAUAUUAUCUGGUUGCUUGGGGUUUGGUGAUUUGCAGUAAGAGCAAUGGGGAGGUGCUGAAUUUGGAAAUGAGUGUGGGGACAUGUUGCAGAGACAGGAGAUUGGCUGGUGGUCUGUUCCCUUACUGGAACAGUUGUAUUGGAUACUAGGUUACCUGGCCAACCAAGGCUCACUGUGCAAUGUCUCGCUGUUUUCCAUUUCCUCCACCAGGAUAUGAAAAGAGGACAAGGAGUGACCACUUAGACUCACUAGCCGAGGAGAAACGCAAAGAGAAGCAGCGGAAGAAGGAGAAGAAAGAAAAGAAAGAAGGUAAAGAGAAAAAGGAGAAACAUCGAAGUAAAGAGAAACACAAGGAGAAGAAAGACCGAAAAGAAAAACACAAAGACAAGAAGAAAAAGGAUAAAGACAAGGAUAAAAGUAGGCCACAGAAUGAUAGGGCCAACAAAGAGAGUCAGUCUUCCCACGGAGAUGUGCUUGGAGAGUGCAGCCAUAAGCCCGAGGAGAUUGAUCAUUCUAAGGUUAAGGAGGAGUUGGACAGGAGGAUCAAGGGUGAGCAAAAGGUGGCAACAAACAGAAAGGUUGAGUGCCCAAUUCAAAAAAGUGUUGGCAGCUUGGGUGUUGCAACAUUUUCAUCCUCCAUGGUUCCUCCACAAAGGCAGGUUGAUUGCUUGGAAAAGCCAGCUGACAAAUUCAAUAAUUCGACUCACAGAAAAAAUGAGGUGUCUGCAAGUACCAUACAAAAGGAAAGAAGUACAAGUGGUAAGUUGGCACAGAAGCUUCCUAGUGCUGGACAAAGAGGAAAUGGUGGCGCGCCACUGCCAAUGGAAAGUUCAGCAGGUUAUCUUCAUAGAAAAUUUGAAGGCCUGUCCUCUGCAACUUCUACGGAGAUUGAUAGUCGCAAGAGUAAUAAAGUUCCCUUUCAUUCUGGUAGUUCUGUGCAAAGAACAAUCAAUGGAAUGGGGCAAUCAAUCCAAAGCCUUUCUGCUUCCAAAAAUAUCAACUCAACUAGCCUUCCCAUUAAGAUGGAAGGCGGAGCAGAUGCUAGCAAAAGUAUUGCAAGGAGCCACAUGUUUGCAAAAAAAGUUGAUGGAAUCAAUCGACCAGUGGAGAAAGAUGCAGAUAACAAGAGUGAGGAAGAGAAAGCAAAGAACAAAGAAAGAGAAGCUGGUAUUAAUGGAGAAGAGAAAUACAAGAACAGGGAUCAUGAUAAGAAGAUCAAGGAUAAAGACAAACAUAAGGACAGAGAAAAAGAAAAGGCAAAAGUAAAACAGAAAGUUGAACAACUUAAGGAACAAAAAGAACCUGGAGAAGACAGAAAGAAGAGUCAGCUGGAUAUCCUCAGACUAAAGUCUUUAGGUCCUCAAACAGAUAAUUCAAAGAAUAACGUUAUUGAUGAGAAUAUCAAGAAGAGGAAGGAAGCUGAUAAAAAUGGCUUUCUUGAUGACACUAAUUUGCGGCCUAACAAGGUUCAAAGAGCAAACUUUUCCGCCCACCUUCAUGAACAAAAUGGGAGGACACUUGGGUCAUCCUAUAUUGCUCAUACUUCAUUAAAACCUGAAGCCGCAGGUAAUAAACUACCUACAAAUGCAGUGGGUCAAAAGGAACAUACGAUGAAUGGCAUAUCUGAAGCUAAGCCAUCCUCAGCUGGCUUGAUGCACUCAGUUGCUGCAGAAACAGAUAUAAACAGAAAAGUUCGUGCAAGUCCUCACCCUGAUUUUGUAUAUCUCGAGCAACUGUACUCGAUACCUAAAGUGGAUGAAUACCCCGAGUAUGAUGACCAAGAGUGGCUUCUUAGGAGCCAUCACGCUCAAAAGUCAAAGUCAAAGUUUGACGCCUGCGAAAUUCCCCAGGUUUGGUCAGAAGCAAUGAGAAUUGAAUCAGUGGAUACUGUUGCUUUGCCUUAUGUUGUUCCUUUUUGAUACAUGAUAUUCCUCUCAUUUUACUUGAAGUGGCUCAUUUAUGACUGAAAGAUAGAGCAGCAUGAUUAACUCGUCGAUUUGGCAAUUUAGCUGCCUUCAGUUGCCGAAGCCUGUUAUUUCUGGUUUGAGCUCAAACAUGUUUCAGAUUCAACAAAUGGCACACUCAAAACUAGAGUGGCUUGAAAUACUAGAAUAACUUGUAGUUGUUUGGUCCCAAUUGGGUGACCAACUCAUUUCGGCUUCAAACAAGUUAAGCUUCAGUAUUUCCAACGCAGAAAACAGGAGGAAGAAAUGAGAGUGCUCAAGUUGUGCUGGAGUAUCAGAUCAUGUGGGAGGUGUGGCUUUGCUGCAAUGUGCACAAUUUUGAUUUGUAUUAAUGUACAUUUUCCAGAAAAAAGAAGUAAUGUACAAUAGAGGGCAGGUGGAAAUGAAAGAUGAUAUUUUUCAUUAUUAUUACAAGUUUGUCUGACUUCAUUGUUCUAGAGGGCAGUUGGAACUUUUCACUGUUCAGUAAACAAGAACGUUAGUGAUUGACCAA